ACCACUGCGCGCCUUCUAAACGGAUAAACCUCCUCUGUGUCUUCUUUCUCCAACUCGCCACCAUAGCAACUCAACUCUAAGCUCCAAUAAACAAAAAUGUUAGCAAACCCUAGCAGCAGUAAAAUUACUCUCCAUUGUCCUUCGUCUUCUUCAUUUACACAUUCCACUUCUCGCUGCAAAUUCUUCCUCUCCCCAAAUUGCCCUCGCUCUAUCAAUUCUUCAAAUUCCAAGUUCCGUUCGUUGUCGUUGCUGUUUCCAUCUAAAAUUAAAAAAAGAAGUGAACGGAUUACUUCCCGAGCCUUAGAAGACUCGGAAAUUGCUCAGUCGGUCGUAAUUGAUGGAGCUCAUCAGCCUUUUCCUCAACCUGUCUCUGUUAAAAUUCCGUUUGGUGAUAGACAUAUUUUGGUCGAGACGGGUCACAUUGGGAGACAAGCUAGUGGUGCUGUUAUGGUGACUGAUGGAGAAACUAUUGUCUACACAACUGUUUGUUUGAAUGAUGUUCCCAGUGAGCCUUCUGAUUUUUUCCCCCUUUUUGUAAAUUAUCAAGAGCGUUUUUCAGCAGCAGGCCGAACCAGUGGAGGCUUUUUCAAACGAGAAGGGAGGGCAAAAGAUAAUGAGGUUCUGACGUGUAGAUUGAUUGAUAGGCCUUUACGCCCAACCAUGCCUAAGGGUUUCUACCAUGAGACUCAAAUACUAUCUUGGGUUUUGAGUUAUGAUGGUUUGCAUUCCCCUGAUGCCUUAGCCAUCACAGCAGCUGGCAUCGCAGUAGCUCUUUCAGAAGUGCCAACAACAAAAGUAAUUGCUGGAGUUCGAGUUGGCCUUAUUGGUGAUAGGUUUAUUGUGAAUCCGACCACUGUAGAGAUGGAGAAGUCCGAUCUGGAUUUGGUGAUGGCAGGCACAGACAGUGCAAUAUUAAUGAUAGAGGGUUAUUGUAGUUUCCUCCCCGAAGAAAAGUUACUUGAAGCUGUACAAGUUGGGCAGGAUGCAAUACGGGCUAUUUGCAAUGAGGCGGAGGCAUUGGUUAAGAUGUGUGGUAAACCAAAAAUGUUUGAUGCAAUCAAGUUACCUCCCCCUGAGUUAUAUAAGCAUGUGAAGGAAAUUGCUGGUGAUGAGUUGGUGAAAGUGCUGCAAAUUAGGAACAAAAUACCAAGAAGAAAGGCCCUGUCAUCAUUGGAAGAAAAGGUUAUCAGGAUACUUACAGAAGAAGGAUAUGUAAGUAAGGAUACUAGUUUCGGAGCCACUGAGACAGUUGCAGAUUUACUUGAGGAAGAAGAUGAGGAUGAGGAAGUUGUCGUGGAUGGUGAAGUGGAUGAAGGUGAUAUCCACAUAAAGCCACCAACACGUAAAUCCUCUCCCUUGCUAUUUUUCGAGGUAGAUGUUAAACUGGUAUUCAAGGACGUUACUUCUGAAUUCCUUCGCAGACGUAUUGUAGAGGGAGGAAAAAGAAGUGAUGGGCGAACUCCAGAAGGCAUACGUCCCAUUAACUCAAGAUGUGGAUUACUUCCUAGGGCCCAUGGAAGUACUCUUUUCACUCGUGGAGAAACACAGUCAAUAGCAGUAGCUACACUCGGUGAUAAACAAAUGGCACAAAAAGUAGACAACCUCGUGGACGUGGAUGAAUUCAAGAGGUUCUAUCUUCAGUACUCAUUUCCCCCAUCUUCUGUUGGGGAAGCGGGGCGGAUGGGGGCCCCUAGUAGAAGAGAAAUUGGACAUGGAAUGCUUGCAGAGAGAUCUCUAGAACCUAUAUUGCCCUCUGAAGAUGAAUUUCCAUACACUAUCCGAGUUGAGAGCACCAUCACUGAAAGUAAUGGCUCAUCAAGUAUGGCCUCUGUUUGUGGAGGUUGCUUGGCAUUACAAGAUGCUGGAGUUCCAUUAAAAUGCUCAAUUGCGGGGAUAGCAAUGGGCAUGGUUCUUGAUACUGAAGAAUUUGGCGGCGAUGGAACACCACUUAUUCUUUCUGAUAUAACUGGAUCCGAAGACGCUUCUGGGGAUAUGGACUUCAAAGUUGCUGGAAAUGAGGAAGGAGUAACUGCUUUUCAGAUGGACAUAAAGGUUGGAGGCAUCACUUUACCUGUUAUGAGAAAGGCAUUGCUACAGGCUAGAGAAGGCCGGAAGCAUAUUCUUGCUGAAAUGUUGAAAUGCUCACCUCCCCCUUCUCAAAGGCUUUCUAAGCAUGCCCCUUUGAUUCAUGUUAUGAAGGUCCAUCCAUCAAAAAUUAACAUGAUAAUUGGUCCUGGAGGGAAGAAAGUGAGGAGUAUCAUAGAAGAGACGGGAAUUGAGGCUAUUGACACAGAUGAUGGUGGAAUUGUAAAAAUUACCGCUAAGGAUUUGUCAAGCCUUGAGAAGUCCAAAACUAUUAUCAUGAAUCUUACAAUGGUUCCAACUAUUGGUGAUGUCUAUAGGAAUUGUGAAAUUAAAUCAAUAGCUCCUUAUGGAGCUUUUGUUGAGAUAGCCCCUGGACGCGAGGGACUAUGUCAUAUCAGUGAACUGACUUCCAGCUGGUUGGCAAAGGCCGAAGAUGCUGUGAAUGUCGGAGACCGUAUUGAUGUUAAACUUAUUGAGGUAAAUGAGAAGGGACAACUCCGCCUUAGCCGCAAGGCAUUACUUCCUGAGCCAACUGAGGAGAAUCCCAGCGAAGGAAUUGAAAAUGAUCCAAAUGUUGGUGUUACUGAAGGGCAGAUUGAACAAUUGAAGGAGAAUAGCAAUGCCCCAGAACUUGUAACUUCUCCAAAAAGUAAUACAGGAGACAAUGCCCGAGUUUCCCAAAAGAAACUUCUCAAGAGAUUGGUCAGCUCUGCAAGAGAUGGACCUAAUACCCACAAAUACAGACCUAAAAGAGGCAGCAAUAAAGUAGCCAGCAGCAUUACUACCAAAGAUGAGAAUAGUUUGGUAAAUGGAGAGGCCAAAAUAGGAUAAUGAGCAUGUUUUCUUCUUAAUUUAUUGACAGGGGAUUUGUUGGUCCUUGCUAUGCUAGACGAGCUGCAUCAUUAACUGGAAGCAAAGGAAGUAUUUCAUUGUUGUGUACUGCAAUCCGAAAGCAUUCAAUAAGGCGGAAGGGCUCGUUUUCCGGUGGAAAAGAAAAGCAAUUGAAAAUUGUUCUUGGUUCAUCGUGUAAGAACACUUAUUGCUGCAGCAGAGGAAAGCAAACCAGAAACUUGUAGUAUUCUUCUUAAUUGAAGGUUUCGUGAGCAGAUAUCACUUUUAUUGUUACAUCUCCUAAAUUAUUAGUUAUCUGUUUAUGUAAAAUUACUCAUUAAUUGGAUGGUCAUCUCAUGAUAAUGAUCUGAACAUAAUCAUUUUAUGCUGUUUUAUUUGAUUUUUUAUUCAUGUA